AAAAUUCAGAAGGAACAGGCAUCAAGCACCAACCUGAGACAGUUUUCUCUUACCAUAUCUCUUCCUCAUUUUUUCUAGAUUAGUUCUCUUUGCCUUCUAAUUUUUCUCAAUUUUCGAAGAGUUUUUUCUGAAUCACCUGUGUUUCUUAGUCUGCAAAAACCAUACACAAGGACAAGCAUGUUGGCCUCACUAUUCAACAAAUAAAGAAGGCGGGAGGACUAGAAGCUUUAUCGAAGGAUGCCUCUUCGCUUUGUGUUGCUGCUGGCUGUGCGAGUCUUGUUUCACUUAACAUAGAGGCAGUGUAAUUAAGGCCGUUUGCAGAAGACAGAGCCUGUUUAAUGUCAUCUGUGAUAAAGUUGUAUGAGGACAAUUACACAGGUGUUAUUUUCAGCAAUAAAACCACGUUGAAUUAUGAUGGUAUUAGCUCACUUCUGCAGUGAUUCUUAUUGUUCAUCCAAAAAUAGAUCCAAGAAAUUAAGGGGAAAUGACGAUACCAAGGAAACAACAUAUGAAUGUAUAAAACAAACGUACAAACACUCAAUGCUGGUGCCGUGAAAAAAUAAAAAUAGUCUCAGAAGUAACUAGAUUGAGCUUGCAAGAGAUCAAGCUGCGCCAAUAGCUUUGCUACGGCUGGUCUCAAUCUAGGGUCACCAUUUUGCGCUAAAUCAAUCAGAACCACCUGAGCAGAUUCCCCAUGUUGUACUCUAUGCUCCUCCACUCUAAGAAUCCUCUCUAACAUCCACAGUGCUUGCUCCUGAGCCUUUAUGUUCCCUGAUUCUAGAACUUUUAUAAUGGAUUGAAUACCUGAUGCCUUUGCUAUGCAAUUGCUUCCAUUUUCCCAAAUCUCAUCUUGUAAAAGAGUUGCAAGGGCAUUUAGAGCAGCUUCAUCGGCUUCCCUCUCUGUACCUUCCAAUAUUUGGACUAGUGGAGAAAUGGCACCUGCCUUGACUAAACAAAAUGUGCUUUUAACAAAGCAGUAACCAUCAUGAACUUCACAAAAUGCAUCCACAGAAGGAGGGACACACAACCACUUCGCUUUUUUAUUCUUUCUGAGAGAUAAUGAGUUCUUUGAUAGCUGAGCAAGUGAACUAGCAGCUCUGCAUUUAGCAACUAUUGACCUGCUUGAGAGCAACUUCACAAGUAAAGGAAUUACCCCUUGUUCUGCCACCAGAAGCUGUAGUUUCCUAUCAGAAGGAACUGUAAACCGAAGUAGAACACCAGCCAAACUCUCUAAUAGCAACUGUGAAGUAGUUGGAGUGCUGGUAGCCAAUAUGGAGAUCAGAAUGGGCAACAAGUUUGACCUUCUUAGAGCAUCUGUAGCUUUUUUAUCAUUGAUCGGUAUAUUGCUCAGAAUGCCAACUGCAGCAGAUUUUUCACUCUCAGAUGUUGAUGAUGCUAUAAUGUCAACAAUAACUUUAAGGUGGGUUGCUUCCAGCUGUUCUGUCAAUUCCUCUGGUAAAUGUUUUGAAAGGGUGUAAAGUAAAUCCAAGGCAGAAGUCCUGAUUUUCAUGUUACUUUCAGUAAGAAAGGGUAGAAUAACCU